UUCAAUCCCGCGCUAUUUUGGUGAGACGUUCUAUUUGAUUUCUUUUGGGGUAAAGCACUUCGUAAGGAGAAGAAAAAUGUCUGGAAGAGGAAAGGGCGGCAAGGGUUUGGGGAAAGGAGGCGCCAAAAGGCACAGGAAAGUUCUUCGCGAUAAUAUCCAGGGUAUCACCAAGCCUGCCAUUAGGCGUCUGGCCAGAAGAGGAGGUGUUAAGCGUAUCAGUGGCUUGAUCUAUGAAGAAACCAGAGGUGUUCUGAAGAUCUUCUUGGAGAAUGUCAUAAGAGAUGCUGUUACUUACACUGAACAUGCACGCCGCAAGACUGUGACUGCCAUGGAUGUGGUCUAUGCUCUCAAGAGGCAGGGCAGGACUUUAUACGGCUUCGGCGGUUAAAUGACGCCGAAAUUGAAAUUGUAAGGGUGGUUUUGAAACAAUACCCUAGUAAUGGAAUUGCUUAUGGUGCCCUCAGAGCUGUCAAAUGGUUAAAUUGCCUUUUCUUUGUUAUGUGAAGAAUGGACAAUAUUUGUCAAAAUGAUUGUAAUAUGUGAAUGCUAUCGAUUCUGUUUUGUUUGGCA